AUGAUGGCCAUUCUCACUGACGAUGCCGACUACGAUGCCGGCGAAACGUUUAGGAAUGUUCCACGUCCAUGGUUCAACUUUGGAAAUGGUCAUGCAGACAAUGGACCCCGGACUAGUUGUCCCGGCUCCAAGCUUCUUCUUUCUGAUGUCUUCAUUGGAUCUCCAAGUCUGCUCAGCCAAUUAUCGCUGACUCUCCUUUCUUCCAGUCGCCCGAUCAUCAAAUUUCUUUGA